AUGUCCUGCCCACCACAACAAAGACCUUCUGAUGAAUCCGAAUCGAGUGAUUACGGCUCCGACUUUACCCCAGAUGAGGACCGAUUGCUGAGCGAUUUAGUUUUGAAGGCGGUCGCAGACCACACGACGCAGCGCGACAACGAGCGCCCCGCCACACGACCGCCACCACCACCAUCAACUGGCAUCCUCAGCGAGGAACCCGCGACUCCCCUGGCCACAGUGCUUGAUGAUCUGGAUAAUAUACAGCCUACGACUAUAGCGGCAGUGGCAGCAGAUAUUGAAGAUGCUAUCACGAGCCCGGGCGUCCGUCUCCCGAAGGUCCUGGGCCGGGAGAAGCCUGGCUCUCCAUGGAGGCGUUCCAGCCAACAGCCCUGGCUUGGGCCUGCAAGUCCGAGAAAGCCCUUGGCGGGGAUGUCAAGCCAGAGGUCAAUUGACAGGGCCUCGCCAACUGUUGAGCAUCCCGGGUCACUCGAAGGAAGACAACGUGAACGCGAACGCAGUGUGGCUCUCGAGCUCGAACGGAUCAAAGAGUCCCAGGUCGCGCCCACAGUAGAUGAGCGAACGCCCGUUGAGCGAUUCCGAAGACCACCCAACAAGGCCUUCUCAGUCACUGAUUUGGUCUCACCAGCAUGGUGCGAGCUGCAAUACUGGUACACAUUGACUAAGCAUGGCCGCAAAAGGAGGACGCCUGCCAUGAAAAAGGGAAGUAUGGUACACAAGACCCUUGAAGACGAGAUAUAUACAACCGUCCCUGUGGAAAUAAAGACGAAAGAGGAUGCUUGGGCGUUGCGAAUAUGGAAUAUCAUUCAAGGGCUGAGGAUGCUGCGUGAAUAUGGCAUCACUCGGGAGCUGGAGAUCUGGGGUGUGAUCGAUGGGGAGCUCGUCAACGGUGUCAUUGACCAACUGUCCUACGAGUGCCCUGAUUCCGAACUUGAGGCUAGCGCUGCUCAUUUCUACGAGGAUGCGGCCAGGUCGCGCGCGGCGUUGCCUGAAUAUCAGAUGUCACUAUCUGAUUUCUUGCUCUCAUCGUCGCAGGGAGGGAAACGCAUGUCUGAUCUUGCUCAACAAGACACCGGCCCUGAGGAUCUGUCCGCUGCGGAAGCAACCCCUGCUGCUGUCUAUGCGUUACCGCGGAUAUACUUGACCGAUGUGAAAACAAAGGCCAGUGCAUCCGUCCCAACAGUCAAGAGCACUUCUUUCCGCCCGACCUUACUUCAACUUCAGCUCUAUUACCACAUGCUGAAUCGUUUGGUGACGAGCGACGACGUCACGAUGGAUUUACUUGCGGCGCGGUACAACCUCGAUCUAGACAAGCCUUUUACUGAUGCCUUCAUUUCCGAAGUCGGGGGUCUGAAUGAUGAAUUUUUCGACACUCUCUCUUCCCAAGAGAUCGACUUGGGCGAUGUACCCACGCCUGAAGAUAUAACCCAUCUGUCCACCAGAUCCGGUCAGAACCUUCGUUCCCCCAGUGCCAGCCAGGAUUCGACCAGUGUGCUUUUGACGCACGGCACUCUCAAUCUUCUGUGGACUUACAUGAAAGAACAGUUGAGGUCUACCUUCAUUCCCACAUUUUCGGACCACGAAGAGCCCGUCGCGCCCUCCAUACCAUCCCUCAAGCAACCAGAAUUGCUUCAAGAAUACCCUACACUCCUCUCUCCAGUCCUCACUGCUCGAUUCCUAUCGUCUGCACCUACAGUCGAGCCCCAGUCCCGGCAUCUAGGAAGCAGGUCCUUCCUUUUUGAUCCGAACAUCAUGUCAUCGUAUUUGACGGAUCAGAUGGAAUGGUGGCGCGGCCAACGGAAUCCACAAGGAGUUGGAAUCGUGGAUGCUUGGAAGUGUCGCAUCUGCGAGUUCCGUGACGAGUGCUCUUGGAGACAGGAGCGUGAACUGGACUAUGCUAGUCGUAACCGAAGGCGACGCACAGGUUCCUUGGCAGAUAUCUAA